AAAAAUAUGUAGAAGCAUUUACAGCUCCCUUUGAAUUAUUAACAGAUCUUUUGUUGUAUUCUUCUUUUUUAAGAAAAGAUUCAGCAACAUUGAAAAUUGAAGAUGAGGGAGGAUAUAUUUAUGGUGAAUACCACAGAACUGCAGAAUAUAACCUGAAAAAUUGUAAAAUCCAUGAAAUAUCGAUCCUAAGGGACUUCAAAGAUUACGCAGAUAUUACUUUAACAAAUAAUGAAUCAUUUACUGAAAGGCUUGAUGAUGUAGAUUGUCCUGUAUGCUAUUUUGAACCAAAAAAUCCAGUACGCAUAGCAGAUUGUACUCAUUUGAUGUGUCAGAAUUGUUUAUAUGAUAUGAUUGGACAUAAUAAGUUGUUUUGCCCAUUAUGUAAAACUCCUGCUUUGAAGACUUAUCUCAAACAAAAUGUAUUUUACGAUACUCAAGUAAAAAAUCGCAAGAAGAUUAUGAAAGAAAUAUUUUUAAAAUAUCUUUACUACCUUAACAAAUUUGAUUAUUCAAUGCAAUUUGAUAGAUCUGUGACGACAGAAGAAGAAAAGACCAAACUUAUGUGUCAUCAUUUCAAUCGUUACGAUGUGAGGUGUAAAAUAAUUGCGAUGAUAAGAUCUACUGAUUAUUCAGUUAAAACGUAUAGAUUCUAUCCAAUCUGUAUUAAAAAUCAGUGCAUUAUUCGGCCACAAAACUACGAUUCCUUUUAUCCUACAAUAACAGAAGCAAUCGGAAACGGCCCUUUGGUUUUUCAACAAUUGGAAGAUAAAUCAUAUAAAACAUUUGUUAAAAAUAAAGAUGGCUAUGAAGUGAUGAUCGAUUGGAUUCCUGAAAUUGAUUAAUUUUUUAGAAUUAAUGUCAUUAUAUCAGAAUGAGGAUAUUAAAAUAUUGAUAUAAUUGAAAAGUUUCGUGUAAUCAUUUUUCUAGUUUAAUAAAGUUUCUCAUUCUGUUAUUUUACUGUUAAAAAUGAUCGUUAAUUAUUUUCUUUCCUAACUUUAUCUUACUUAAGUAAAUAUUUUAUUAUUAUUAUUAUUUAAAUAAUGAAUAUUGUA